AUGACGAGAAGAAAGACUAACCCGAUCCCAGUCACUUGGAACCAGGAAGAUGCCUAUACCAGCACAUCCGGAAAACGCGCCCAGCGCCAGCAGAUCGAGACGCUCGUCCGAUGGAAAGCUCCCCAUGGCACAGUCAAGAUCGUGAUCUAUAACGGUUGGCAUGAUAGUCGUUCGGACUUCAUCAAUCAUGCCACUGCCGACUACUACCUUCGGGACGGUGGGAUGGUGCGUUAUCAUGUCUACCAGUAA